AGGAGUUGCUGUAUCAUGUCGGAUACGUCGUAAUAUUUUGUUCCGGAACAAAACAUGGGGUCUUUAUAUAAAACACAUACCGUGGUAUCUUGUAAAUUAUCAAAUGCUUUAUGCAUUUUAACAAUUUUGGUAUAUGUCUCUGUCACGGAGGGAUCCAGUGACGGUCUCUCGCUACAAGAUCUGUGCAGUUACCAAUGGGAGGCCAUCGACCAGGACAGCCAGAUGAAGUACACAAUGAAAUUGUGUGAUAACUCUCCUGACACAAAAUGCGGGAAGGGGGCGGCAGUCUGUGCCCACAGUCUUGCCAGCAAAACGGACACAACAGUGGGCGAACUGGGCUUAAGGACCAUUUUGCCGAAGACCAAAGUGCUAGAUUUCAACAGCACACAGAAGUGUGAGGGUGGCAGCGGUAACAUGCAGACCAGCAUCUCUUUCCUUUGUGGGAAGACCAUGGGAACUCCAGAAUUGGUCACUGUAUCAGAGUGUGUUCAUCACUUUGAAUGGAGGACUUAUGUUGCCUGUGAUAAGGACAAGUUCAAGCCCCAUAAAGAGGUGCCCUGCUAUGCAUUUGACUCUGAUGGAAAGAAACACGACCUGAAUCCUCUCAUCAAGAUCACUGAUGGAUACCUAGUGGACGACUCGGAUGAUGAAAUAGACUUCAACAUUAACAUUUGUCGCAGUUUGAACGGUCCACAGGCUCAAUGUCCGGAGGGCUCAGCUGCCUGUUUGACUACCAAAGGAGCCUCCUAUAACAUGGGCAUCCCCUCCAAGCAGCUGGAGCUGCUGUCCAAUGACAGAUUGAAGCUGAGAUAUGAAGGACCCACUGACAAGAUCCCGGAGUUCUGUGACGGACACAAGCCUGCUGUCACCAUCACUUUCAUCUGUCCAUCAGGAAGGCAGGAGGGCAGUGUUCCGAAGAUGACUGCCAAAACCAACUGCCGCUACGAGAUUGAGUGGGUGACUGAGUAUGCCUGCCACAGGGACUACCUGGAGAGCCAUUCUUGCAAACUGACCAGUGAACAGCACGACAUCUCCAUCGACCUCACCCACCUCACCCUUAACCAGGGGGAUGAUCCGUACCACACUAAGAGCAGCGAGGGCAGAGAUGGCUACAUCUACUACCUGAAUGUGUGUGGGGAGAUCAGCCAUGGGAUCUGUACGGACGACACGGGCUACAUUUCUGCCUGCCAGGUGAAGGAGAAGGCAGACAUGAAGAAGGUCACUGGGAGAUACCAAAACCAAACCCUCAGAUACUCAGAUGGCGACCUCACGUUAACCUACCAGGGAGGCAGCAGGUGUAGCUCUGGCUUUCAGAGAAUGACCAUCAUCAACUUUGAGUGCAAUGAAACCGCAGAAAAUGAUGGCAAAGGCUUCCCGGUGUUCACUGGAGAGACUGACUGCACAUAUUACUUUGAGUGGUACACGGCUUAUGCCUGCGUCAAGGAGAAAGAAGACCUGCUUUGCCGCGUCACAUCGGGCAAGAAGCGAUAUGACCUCUCUCCCCUCACUCGAUUCCCUGGCCUUCCAGAAUCAGAAUCUCUUCAGAACUGGGAGGCAGUGGACGCCAGUGCUGCGGAGUCUGACCAGAAGCGCUUUUACCUCAACAUGUGUCACAAAGUCCUCCAGCAGGGGGAGCAGGCAGGCUGUCCAGAUGAAGCCGCCAUCUGUGCCGUCGUCGGCAAAGAUGGCAAAGAUCGCAAACCAAAAAGCCUAGGCAGCUUCUUGUCUGCACCUCAGAUGGAUGGCAACAGCAUUCGCCUCAUCUACACGGACGGAGAUGUCUGCAGGAAGAACAUCAAGACGAGGACCAUCAUCUCCCUGAAAUGCAAGCCAGGAGAUCUGGAGAGCGCCCCCGUCGUGCGGAGUGUGUCGAGCGACGAGUGCAUUUAUGAGCUGGAGUGGCACACCGCAGCGGCCUGCGUCCUCUCCAAGACUGAGGGAGAAGACUGCAAGGUGUCCGACCAGCAAGCAGGCUUCUCGUUUGAUUUAACACCUCUGCGCAAGGCCAAGACAGACCAUUACACCGUGACCGGGGAGCCGUAUAAUUACCUCGUCAAUGUAUGUGAGGAGGUCACUGAUGGCAAGUGUCCCCCCAAGUCAGGGGCCUGUCAGUUGGAUAAAAGCGAUAAAAACGGCUGGAGUCUGGGCGAGUUCAACAGCAAGCUGUCCUACUAUGACGGCAUGAUCCAGCUCGUGUACAAGAACGGCUCCAAGUACAACAACCAGCAGCACACCAGUCGCUCCACGCUCAUCUCCUUCCUGUGUGACCGGCAGGCAGGCACGGGCAAGCCAGAGUUCCAGGCGGAGGACGAGUUCACCUACAACUUCAGGUGGUACACUUCCCUGGCAUGCCCAGAGAGGCCUGGGGAGUGUCUGGUAACAGACCCAAUCACCUUCAAGCAGUAUGACUUGUCCAGUCUGUCCAGGGCUGGCAGGAACUGGCAGGUCACGGAUCUGGGCAUGAACCACAGGAAGUACUACAUCAACGUGUGCCGUCCACUACGAGGCGUGCCAGGCUGUGACCGGGCCGCUUCUGUCUGUGAGAUGUCCACCAAGGAGGAGCCUGAGAAAGUAUCUAUCAGCAAUAUGGGUGUUGCCAAGAAAGGCCCGAUCAUCCAAGAGACGGGCCACCUGCUUCUGGAGUACACCGAUGGCUCUAUGUGCGAAUCAGACGGCUUGAAAACCACGUACAGCACCCGCAUCCGCCUGGUCUGUGACCGGGGGUCCCUGUCCUCGGGCCCCCGCUUCCUCUUCAUCAAGAACUGCACAGCUAACUUCAUCUGGCACACCACAGCAGCCUGUGCCAUUGAGAGUGCCAAAGACUCAAACCAGACAUGUACCAUCACAGACCCAACCACAGGCUUUGAAUUUGACCUGAAUCCUCUGGCCACUAAAACGGGUUACAAAGCAAGCGGCCUUGGUAGAAGUUUCGCGCUGAAUAUCUGCGGUGCGGCCCCUGACUGCGCGACUGACGAAGGCACUGCGGCGGCUGGCUGUGAGCUGGAGGACGGCAAGCCGCUGGGACAGGUGGGCGCCGAGAGGUCGCUGGUGCUCUCCACCGAGGGCCAACUCAAACUCACCUACAAAGGACAUUUCGAUGAAAGCACAGGCAUCAGCAACACCUUCACCAUUAGUUUAGUGUGUGAUACGGACUCCCCGGGCGUCCUGAAGUUAGCCAAGGUGGAGAUGGGCAAGGGCGCCCACGAUGUGUUCUUUGAGUUCGCCACCCCUCUGGCCUGCGCCCCCUCCACGGUGGACUGCCAGGUCAUCGAUUCCCAUGGAAACGAGUAUGACCUGAGUGACCUGAGCCAGGACAACACGCCGUACAAGGCCAUUGACACCUCUCAGCAGGCCAAGUCUCAGAAGUUCUUCCUCAGCGUGUGCAAACCUCUCCCUCGUGUGGAGGGCUGCCCUGGUGGAGUGUUGGGUGCGUGUGCCAUCGUUGACGGCCGCGGGCUGAAUCUGGGAUACGUGCAGUCCAGCCCUGAGCCAGCGUCCGACGGCACAGUCAGCAUCGUCUACCGGGGGGGAGACCCCUGUGGCAACGAGGGACGCUUCUCCACACGCAUCAUCUUCAUCUGUGACGACAGCCUCGGUUUACCGAUGUUUGAACGCCAGGACGGCUGUGAAUAUGUCUUCAUCUGGAGAACAUCCGAGGCUUGUCCUGUCCAGAGAGUACAGGGUGAAAACUGUACAGUCCAGGAUCCAAGAAGUAGCCACGUAUUUGACCUGCGCCCCCUGGGUGGACAGGACUAUGACGUGAAAGUUGACAAGUAUGAUUACCACUUUGCCGUGUGUGGUGGUCUGUCGACUGGAGUGUGCAAGCACAAAGACCUAGGUGGUGAGGUUGCUUCCUGUCAAGUUGAAGGUUCCUCCCACAGAAUUGCCGGCCUGGCUACGAGAAGCCUGACGUAUGAGGACGGGCUCAUCAUGAUCAACUACACUCAGGGGGAGAAGUGCCACAAUAUCUAUGAGCGAUCUACUGCCAUCCUCUUCACAUGUGACCACAGCAAGUCCGUGGGGAAGCCAGAGUACAUGAAGGAGACCCCUGACUGCACGUACAUGUUUGAGUGGCACACGGCUCUGGCCUGUCCGCCUUUCAAAGCCAUCACCUGCACCUACAGUGACGGCAAUGGCAACUUCUACGACUUGUCCUCCCUGUCGCGCUCCUCCCUCGCCAUGUCCAGCAGCAACUGGAGGGUAGUGACUCACUCGGGCUCGAAGGACUCUCAGAGCUACUACCUCAAUGUCUGCAAGUCCCUGGUGCCGCAGAGUGGGUCCUGGGCCUGUCCGUCCUCGGCCGCAGCCUGCCUGAGGACCACAGAUGACCACUACGUCAGCCUGGGCGAGGCCAAGACGGAGCUGCAGUGGGACAAGACCGUACUGGUCCUGAAGUACACCGACGGCCAACUGUGUCCCGACAACGUGUCCAAACGGACCACCACCAUCCGUUUCAAGUGUGAAAAAAACAAAGAGGACUCGGAGCCCAUGUUCAUGCUGGCGCAGGAGGAGUGCGCCUACACCUUCUACUGGCCCACGGCCGCCGCCUGCCCGCUCAGCGCCAGUGAGCACGGCGAGUGCCGCGUCACCAACCCCGCCACCGGUCAUGAGUUUGAUCUGAACAGCCUGAGCCAAGAAGGCGGAUACACUGUGUAUGACCGCCAGGACCCCAAAAAGAUGAUCCGGCUCAACUUGUGCUCUGAGAUUAAGAACGCGGGCUGCGCAGAUGGAGCAGCCGUGUGCAUUAAAGACAGCAAGUCUGCUGUGAAUGGGGGGAUGGCCAGCAAGAAGCUGUCCUACCUGGACCAGGUGGUGGUGCUGACCUAUGAGGGCGGAGACCAGUGCGCAGCCAACCGCAAGCUCAACCACAAGAGUGUCAUCAGCUUUGUGUGCAAAGACGGGGAGGACGCAGGCAAGCCUGUGCUGAUAGGCACGGACCCGGACACAUGCACGCACUACUUCUCCUGGCACACCUCCCUCGUCUGUGAAAAGCAGGUGAGGUGCUCCGUGUGGAACGGCAAGGCCCUGAUCGACCUGCGGCCUCUGAUUCACACCACUGGCUUCUACCAGGCCUCCAACGAGGACGUGAACAAGGAGAAGAAUAACUUCUAUAUCAACAUCUGCCAGCCCCUCAACCCCAUCCCUGGAGUCCACUGUCCCCCGGGAGUGGCUGUGUGCAGGGCCCCUGACCAAGGCCAGCCUGUGGAUAUUGGGAGAAUCACCUCCAAAUCCACUCCAGAGUUCAACAGCAUCACGGGCGACGUGGAGAUAGUGUUCCAGAGCAACACCCCCUGCAGCAUGAACACCUCCAUGAACUACACAUCCAAAAUCAUCUUCAGCUGCCAGGCAGGCACUGAUCUGGGUACUCCUCAGAUGAUCCGACAGCAGCAGUGUCUGUACGUGUUUGAGUGGGCCACUCCUCUUGUCUGCCCAGAGAGCUCGACCACCACUGGCUGCUCUCUCAAUGUCUCCCAGCUGCAGUAUACCUUCAACCUGACACCUCUGUCAGGCCUCAAGACAGUGCCCUCUGAUUCUGGCUACUACAAGAUAAACGUGUGUGAUACCGUUCCGGGCUGCCCCAACAGUGCCGUGUGUCAGAAGAACGGGGCCUCCAGCGUCUCCUUCGGCCACAGCAAAGCCAUGAGUCUGGACUACCAGAACAAGAAAGUCACCAUGACCUACGCAGGCGGGGAUCUGUGUCCUCCAGUAACGGAUAAGGGAGAACUGUGCGUUUUCCCUGCGAAGAUCAUGGAUAAGACCAUAACAGAAUGCACCACCGAGGGCAUGACUACGCAUCAGCUGUGGUGCCCCACCACCAGCGACUACAACAAGGACCAGAAAUGGGGCAACUGCUCCACAGCGAAGCUGAAGCGCCAGUCCACCAUCGUGUUCGUGUGCAACGAGACGGCGGGGCUGGGCCGCCCAGAGUUGCAGAGCGAGACCAAUGGCUGCUCCAGCACCUUCCAUUGGCACACCAGCGCCGUCUGCCCCCCCAUGAAGAUGGAGUGUCAGCUGGUGACCCCCCACAACACCUACGACCUGCGCACGCUCUCCUCCCUCACCGAGCCCUGGAAGUUCAGCCACGGCAGUGACCAGUAUUACAUGAACCUGUGCCAGAGCCUCCACGGGGGGCCCCAGGACUAUCCAAAGGGGGCCAGUGUGUGCCGCAAGAGCAAAGGCAAGAGCCAGAACCUGGGCCUGGUCCACACCCAGACCCUGGAGUACCGCGAGGGGAAGAUUCUAGUGAACUACACAGGAGGUGACGUGUGUGGGGAAAAGCUGCCAAAGGCCAAGACUGUAAUUGAGCUGACAUGUAGCCACGUAACUGGCCAUCCCAAGCUCAAGAGAGAGGAUCUGAGCACGUGUGAGUUCUGGUUUGAGUGGGAGACACGAGCAGCCUGUGCUGUGCAGCAGCAGGAGGUGGAGAUGGUCAACGGCACAAUCACCCUCCCGGACACAGGAGCCCGAUUUAACCUGGGGGGCCUGUACACCAGGAUGCACCAGGCCACAGGGGACAUCCGAAACAACAAAGACCGCUACGUCUACAUCAUCCAGCUGUCCGGCAUCACCAACAGCUCCGUGGCCAAGUGCAUGGGGGCCAACAUCUGCCAGGUGAAGACCGAUGGGACCAUGCAGCGGAGGAUUGGCUUCUCCAGCAAGGCCAAGUACUACAUCAAAGGAGGGAACCUGGACGUGCUGGUGCCGUCCGAGUCGGACUGUGGACGGGACAAGAAGCACAACGCCUCGUCGGCCAUCCUGUUCCACUGCAACCCCGACGCGGGCGAGGGCAUCCCAGAGUUCCUGCUGGAGACGGACCUGUGCCAGUACCUGUUUGUGUGGCACACCUCCAGAGUGUGUGACCUGUUCUCUAAAGACAAUGUCAUCGAUGGCACGGGGACCGACUCUGAGGCCGACGGUUUGUCAAGGAGGAGCCAAGCUCUGGGAGCAGUGCUCAGCCUGUUACUCAUCGGACUGACCGUGUGUAUACUCGUCCUGCUUCUGCAUAAGCGAGAGAGGAGGGAGCUUGUGAUUAAGAAAGUCACUGGCUGCUGCAAGAGAGGAAACCCAGUGGCCUACAAGUACUCCAAGGUGAACACGGAGGAGAACGGCGAGGAGGACGAGAUGGAGUGGCUGAUGGAGGAGCUGGAGUCGCCGGGCAAGGAGGGCCGCCACGAGAACGGCCACAUCACCACCAAGCCGGUGCGCGCCGAGGCGCUGCGCUCGCUGCCGCUGGACGAGGCCGACAGCGAGGACGAGGUGCUGACGGUGCCCGGCGUGCGCAUCCAGGCGGCCGCCAACGCCCACCGCGCCAAGCCCCGCGCCCGGCCCCUGCCCGCCCUGCUGCGGGCGGAGAGCGACGAGGACCUGGUGGGGCUGCUGGAGGAGCAGGAGCGGCGCCGCGCCAGACCUCCGCACCACCGGCCAGCGCACCGGAGCCGGCCCGAGCCCAGCACGGACGACAGCGACGAGGACCUGCUCAGAGUGUGAGGGGCUGUCCCUCCGCACCGAAUGUGUCUCCACACACACACACACACACAUACACACACACACACACACACACGUUCAGACGAAAGAGAAUAUAUACAUAUACAUCUAUAGAGACGUUUAUGAUUCCCUUUGCUGUUUUGUUUUGUUUCUUUUUUUUCCUCUCAAAGGGAAGUGUAUUUCUCUCUUCACUGCUUCAAGCAGUGGCUACAUUUUGUAUUGCUUUCGUCCUUUAAGAAACGAUGCCUUCCCGAUGAAAAUGGCUUUCAUCAAAUUCUAAUGAGAAUUGUUAAGAAUGCUUGAAGAUGAACAUUAAUGGACAGAAUGUUAUUGUUUGUUUAAUUUGGUCACGUAUAUCCUUUUAGUCCCCUCUUGGUUUUAGUUUUCAACUUUAUGGUAAUUUAUGUUUUUUGUUGAGUUUUUUUUUUUGUUUGUUUGUUUGUUUGUUUGUUUUUGCAACUGGAAUUUUCCUACAGCACAAACUCUUUGUCUGGCCUUUAGAUAGAGCAUGGGCCUCCAGUUUGUACAGAUGAUGACGCUAAUGGAAAUGUUUCAGUGUAUGGAUUGGAUCCAAUGCUGUGUAGCAGUGUAUUUUGCAUAUCCGGCGACACUUUGGUACUCCAUUUUGGUCCCGAGGCCAGUCCUCCGACUCCUAUUUAUCAUGCCGCCGCCGUGUGACUCUUGUUUUGCAUUUGUACGCCAUUGUCCACAGCACAGCACUUAGCUAUUUCCGCGUCAUCCAUCUAGCAUGUUGGGAGUUCCUUCACCAUGAGAUGUUCCUGAAGGAAGGGCUUGGGCCCUGGGCUUCAGCUCCGCCUUUGAUGCCAAAAAGCAUGAGAAAGCCAGAGCAGCAGUAUCCACAUGGACAGCUUUAGUGCCAUGGCAGGCAAUGCAUUCUCCUUUAAUGUGGCAGGAUACCAGAGCCUUGGGUUGCCAUAGACUUUGUUUUUUAGUUGUUGUGAAUUUGCUUACAAUCACAGUGUGAUGGAAAUUAUCAUUCAAUAAUUGUUGUUUUUUUUUAUUUUAUUUUAUUUUAUUUUAUACGUUUGUAUUUAUACUGAGUUAAGUUAGAACACAAGCGGGCACAUGCAAUUAGGCUAUUGAAGUUUGAUAUCACAGUGGGCAGGACUAAGUUGAGCUUUUUCUCCCAUAUGUUUAGAAGUUUGUGAAAGAAAUAUGUGAAAAAAAGUGAAAUGAGCUUGUUCUGGCAAAGUAAUUGGAGGUGCUCAACUAACCAACUGUGCCUCAUUAUAAUGGCACUUAAUGGCACAUCAUUUUGCCACCUAAAGUUGGGGUGUUUAGCUACUGGUACAUUAUGUUUAUGAUUGUUAAUAUUGUUUUUUAUGUGUCUGUCUCUAACUGCUCAAUCACUCCAAUAGUGCUGCAUUUGGGAUUGUACAUUCUAAUGGGAUGUGAUCUUUGUGUUGAGUCAGUUUUAUUCCUGUUGCUCGCUUUCCCAGACCUCUAAGGUGAACAUCUGGCCUUUAUUUGCCAAAAGCAACAGAAAAGAUUGAAAACAUUUAAACAUCAGUAUAAUUGCUAUAUUUGUCAAGGAGUGUAAAGAUUUCAGUGUAAACCGGGGUCCAAGAGGGUGAAGGAGAAGGCCUGAGCUACCCCCCAAUGGUUAACCCCCAGGCUUGCCGAUGAGCAAGUUGCGUGAGUUUCACAACGAAUGUCAGUGGACUUCCAUGUCUUGCUCACAACAUGGCCAUGUUAACAAUCUCACAUCUGCUUCACCGUACGAGCAGCUUUUGGCUAGCUGCGAAGGAGAAGAGACUCCCUGACUGACCGUGGUUGUGUUGGUCGGGAGGUUUAUCGGCUGACGGCACUUUAUGGCGGAGAAAGCGCCCCUUCCCCUCCCCAGAGCUCCUGGGUCUGCCAGCUCUCAGGUGGUCAGGCAGGCUGGGCGCGAGGGGGUGGAGGGCGGCCUCUGCCACGUGGACUCUUCUCGUGUCGUUCCUCAGUGAAAUGUCUGUCACUGCUGUAUGCUUCAGAGCGCCCGGGCUCCCUCAGUACGUCCAUCAGUCAUGAAGCAUGAUGGGAAGGCCCAGAGCCUCCCGACUGGUGUGUGUGUUUUUUCCUCUCUCUGUCAAUUGGGAGAGGCUCUGGUACUUCUUGGGCUUAUUUUUGUUUGGUGUCCCACUGCAUUUGUCUGUCUUUUUUUGUAUUUAUAAACUGUUGGCGUGAAGACAUUGCAUUAAAUCAGUAAUUAAACAAUAGCAGUUCAGACCCUUA